GUUGAAAGGUCACAGGAUAGCUUCGGCGCUCACCGGAGCCUCUCUGUUAUUGUAACAGAGUAAUAUCAGUUUUUUUUCUGCGGAUAUUUGUCUAAGAUAGGUACUCAGCAACCCCAGGGGGACUCUCUCCAGGUGCUUUAGAGAAUGCUGGCUACAGGGGCGGCUGUAACCACGGCGCUGGCGCAGGUGGAUAGAGAAAAGAUUUACCAGUGGAUCAACGAGCUUUCCAGCCCGGAGACCCGCGAGAAUGCCCUGCUGGAGCUCAGCAAAAAGCGGGAGUCCGUGCCCGACCUGGCUCCCAUGCUCUGGCACUCCUGUGGCACCAUCGCAGCCCUUCUGCAGGAGAUUGUCAACAUAUACCCCUCCAUCAACCCCCCAACUCUGACGGCCCACCAGUCCAACAGAGUAUGCAAUGCCUUAGCACUUCUCCAAUGCGUCGCCUCUCACCCAGAGACCAGGUCUGCCUUCCUGGCUGCGCACAUCCCUCUAUUCCUCUACCCCUUCCUCCACACGGUCAGCAAGACGAGGCCCUUUGAGUACCUGCGCCUCACCAGCCUGGGAGUCAUUGGGGCUCUGGUGAAGACUGAUGAGCAGGAGGUGAUCAACUUCCUGCUGACUACAGAGAUCAUUCCCCUGUGCCUCCGCAUCAUGGAGUCGGGCAGCGAGCUCUCCAAAACGGUCGCUACCUUUAUCCUGCAGAAGAUCCUUCUGGACGACACAGGCCUGGCCUACAUCUGCCAGACCUACGAACGCUUCUCUCACGUGGCCAUGAUCCUGGGUAAGAUGGUCCUGCAGCUCUCCAAGGAGCCCUCUGCCCGUCUCCUCAAGCAUGUCGUGCGCUGCUACCUUCGCCUCUCAGACAACGCCAGGGCGCGUGAGGCGCUGCGCCAGUGUCUGCCAGACCAGCUGAAGGACACCACGUUUGCCCAGGUGCUGAAGGAGGACACCACCACAAAGCGCUGGCUGGCUCAGCUGGUCAAGAACCUGCAGGAGGGCCAGGUCACAGACCCCCGCGGCAUCCCCCUGCCCCCACAGUAGACGAGACUGCUGUCUGUGGACGGACAGACGGAUGGUCUGAAUGACUUCUCUCUCUCUCGAUCUCUCUCGAUCUCUCUCGCUCUCUCUCUCUCUCUCUCUCUCUCUCUCUCUCUCUCUCUCUCUCUCUCUCUCUCUCUCUCUCUCUCUCUCUCUCUCUCUCUCUCUCUCUCUCUCUCUCUCUGUGCCCUGCCAACACACCAGCAACAGCCUGGCUGUUUCUGUUCCUAACGACACGUAAAUUGACACAUACAAAUUCACACUGACACAUACACACUCGUGCGCUAUCAUUCACGCAUGAAAGACAUGCCACACACACUGAUUGUGUACACGCAUAGGUGGACGAAGGCGCCCAGGAGGAACAAGGCCCUUGGAGAAGGGACAGGCAGAGGACACACCUCAAGGACGCUUCUGAAACGUCCUCGCCAAAACUUUUUAUUUUAUAAAAAAAAAGAAAGAAAGAAGAAAAGCGAUGAAAAAAAAGAAAUGUCAAACCAACAAAAGAAUGGUGCUCUCUUCUGGUUGAUUUAAGCGCUUCUGUUUUCCUCUCAGCAACAGCAAUCCACUCCAGUGACUCUCUCCACCAAGGACUGUUUGAAACUGAACUGACCAGGGUGUUAAUACUUCUGAUUCUUCCGAUUGACAAAUUCCGUUGUGUGGGCUAACCAAAUGUUUUCAAGAAGGAAAGAAUGGAAAAAAGUGUUUGUCUGGAUGCUUUUACUUGUUACUGUUUUUUAAACGCCCCUCCACCCAUCUUUACAUCAGAGACACUGCGCAGCACAGCUCAGCUGUUGGAACUGACUCGCUGGCGUUUUCUGCUCAUCACAGGUUUUUUGGUAUAGAUUGCAUUCACAGACAGACAUGGUUGCUCAUAUGUUUCAAAUAAAACUUAGUGAAGGUG